AUGGAAGAAAUUGCCUUCAGGAAGAAGGCUAUUCAUUCGAUUUCCAACAAGUGGAGACAAUGGGAAAUGAUGGGUGCCAAAAAAGAGAUUGUGGGUCUUUUGAAAGAUGGGGUUCCAAUUAUGGUCAGCAAGUAUUUCAUCCCUUACUAUGGAAGAGUAGAUAUAUCUCUUUGGUCGAAGGAAGAAAGAGAAUUUCUAACGGAAGAGAUAUGUAUGAUGUUAUCUAUUGGUGCAUUGGAAUUCUUCCAAGGAACUCCGAAGGUGGUGGCCAAGUAUCGAUUGGUACCGAAGAAAGGAAAGAAGAAAUUCAGAUUAAUUGUGGAUCUUCGUCCCUAA